ACCAAUGCCCUGAGCCGGAGAGCGAUAGGAGAGAGUGAUAGGUAGAGAUAACCUCCAUUCAUAGACAUCCUAUCACAAUUCACAAGAGAGAAUUUAAUGUAAAGUUUAAAGCCAGUCGUGUCAUUCUAACUCAUACACUUUUGAACAGUCUUUAACCAACCGUGGCAAUCUUGUUGUUAUUUCCAACUAAAAAGGCUGCUUUGGUCAUUGCAAAACAAGUUGCUUCAACGUCUAGCGUAGAGUUAGUUUGCUGUUUAAAUAUUACCAUUGCCAUUUGUGCGUUUUGAGAAAAGGAAUCAAAAAGACCAAAAACCAGCCAAAAAGAAUCCCACAAAACCUUCCUUUCUUGUCUGUAUUUCCUCCCUCCUUCUAGGGUGCAACUAAGUUGGUGAGCAUUUAAUAAUACCCAGCUUUUUGUUACAAAUAGAAGGCAAUGCACAGUUGUUGAUCAAGUCAUCCUUAGUCCUUGGUUCUUGCUAGUUCGUCUCAAAGUUUGCUCCUCUGAAGUGGAACUUGAAUUGUUUUUGCUCUAAACAUGAGGCCAAGGAUCUAUCUUUUUGGAGACUCAAUCACGGAGGAGUCCUUCGGUGAUGGUGGUUGGGGUGCCUCUCUUACCAACCAUUUCUCUCGAACGGUUGAUGUGGUGCUAAGAGGGUAUAGCGGGUACAAUACAAGGUGGGCGUUAAAGGUGCUUGAUAGGGUUUUUCCUGAGGUGGAAAGAGGUGGUUCUGACGGUGCUGCACUGCCACUUGCAGUAACCGUGUUCUUUGGAGCUAAUGACGCUUGCCUUCCCGAUAGAUACGCAGCUUUCCAACACGUGCCACUUUAUGAGUACAAGCAGAAUCUCCACUCUAUUGUCUCCGCUCUCAAGGAGCGGUGGCCAAAGGCUCUCAUUCUCCUAAUUACUCCUCCUCCUAUCGAUGAAGAUGAACGCCUUAGACAUCCUUAUGCUGAGAAUCCAUCGGGUUUGCCCGAAAGGACAAAUGAAGCUGCUGGCGCUUUUGCCAAGGCAUGUGUUGAAACUGCUGGAGAAUGUGGAAUCCCUGUGGUAGAUCUCUGGACCAGGAUGCAGCAGUAUCCUGAUUGGCGGAAAGCUUAUCUUAGGGAUGGUUUACACCUCACUCAGGAUGGCAACAAGGUUGUAUUUGAGGAAAUAGUCAAGAAGCUGAAUGAGGGAGGCUUAAGCCUGGAAAAGCUAACGAUUGAUCUCCCACUUUUAGCUGAUAUUGACCAUGGUGACCCACUUAAGGCUUUUCAGUAGUAGUUAAGAUCACUGAAUAUUUAUUAUAUCAGGGGUAGGAUCGAUCUCUUUUUGGUCUCAAGUCUUAUAUUCUGCUGUUAUUGUAGUUAUGGAAGUAUGCUAUUAUAUAUAAAGAAUACCCAAAUUAUAGAUGGCAACUACUUCAUUUCUUUGAAUCAAUACAACCACUCUCCACACAUUGUGUUGUGAAAGUAAU